AGAUUUUCGUAGAAAAUUCGCCACGAACGCGUUGAAUAUAUUUACCGCUAGAAGUUGCUUUAAAAUUCGAUUGAGAAAUUGUAGUUUUUUUCACGCAAUAAAAAAUCCGCAUACGAAAUAUCCUCGCACACUUACGUGACGGUUGCAUACACGACUACGUUCCGAAAGUGCAUAAUAAUUUGUGGAACGCAACUGCAGCGUUCGCACUUCCCCUGCCGAAUGUGGUGAAGAGCUGAGAAUAGGCAACAAACGAGUUCAACAUAUUCAACACUGCUGACUUGCUGCGCUGUGCUCAAAUCUACAACUGUAUAUGUGCCGUUAAUGUUGUUCUUGUAAUUGUGGAGUUUGUGUUGGCAUUUGCAUUUCAUUUUCUGUAAUAAAAGUAGAAGAAGUCAGCGAUUCCGAAGGCUGACACCCAUAUACCAGAUACAUUUGGCCAUACGUUAGUCGUCUGUACGUACAAACGUUGUUACGCGGUUGUUUUGUGUUCGUGUGUGUGUGUGCGUUGUGUACAGGCUUGGAACGGGCGCUCGUUGCUUUAUUUACUUGUCCGCGACAGUUGCUGCGAUCUUUGUGGUGUUGCGCUGGCGCAGUGUAAGUGGAACUCUGCUAGUGAUCGGUAGGACAAAUUUGCUAUAGUGCGCUUUGUACUGAAACGGUCUCUCCUCUUCUGCUUAUAAAGAAAAAAGCACAAAUAUAUUUAUUUUUAGUGAGGUUCGCUACGUCGUCGUGAGCCCCACUUAAACAUUUAACACUGAAAGUUUGUGUGUGCUUCGAGUUAUUGCAAUUUCUUACGUUGAAACGUGAAUACCGUUCGUAGAUAGUUGCUGCGGUGAUUGCUGGUGGUGUUUCAAACUCCAUCGUUAGUAAAUAAAAAUAAAAUCGAAUAAACAAAGAUACACAAUGGCAAAACUCUUUGUGGUUUUUGCCAUUUUAGCUGUAGCUGCUGCGACAGCUUCUGCCGAUCGUGUGAGACGUCAAGCCGCCACAGAGGAGCCAAAAAAAGAGGAAUCUUUCGAAAAGGAACUCUGCAAAGAUAAAGAUGCUGGCGAAUGGUUCCGUUUGGUCGCUGGAGAAGGCGAUAACUGUCGUGAUGUCAUUCAGUGCACAUCGUCGGGUCUGCAAGCCAUCCGUUGUCCGGCUGGUCUGUACUUCGACAUUGAGAAGCAGACUUGUGAUUGGAAAGAAUCCGUAAAGAAUUGUAAAUCGAAGAACAAGGAGAGACGUGUCAAACCUCUGCUACACACAGACGAGCCACUCUGUCAGGAUGGUUUCUUGGCUUGUGGUGAUGGCAACUGCAUUGAGCGCGGUCUCUUCUGUAACGGCGAGAAAGAUUGCUCAGACGGUUCCGAUGAGAACACUUGCGAUAUCGACAAUGAUCCCAAUCGCGCUCCACCCUGCGACCCCACUGUUUGUGUGUUGCCCGAUUGUUUCUGCUCUGAGGAUGGCACUUCGAUUCCCGGCGAUUUGCCAGCCAAGGAUGUACCUAUGAUGAUCACCAUUACCUUCGAUGAUGCCAUCAAUAACAACAAUAUUGAUUUGUACAAAGAAAUCUUCAAGGGACGCAAGAACCCUAACGGUUGUGACAUUAAGGCCACCUACUUCAUUUCACACAAGUACACCAACUACUCAGCGGUGCAGGAAACAGCGCGUAAGGGACACGAAAUUGCUGUGCACUCUAUUACUCACAACGAUGAGGAGCGUUUCUGGUCGAACGCCACCGUCGACGAUUGGGCCAAGGAAAUGGCUGGCAUGCGUAUCAUCAUCGAGAAAUACGCCAACAUCACCGAUAACUCAGUGGUAGGUGUACGCGCCCCCUACUUGCGUGUCGGUGGCAACAAUCAAUUCACCAUGAUGGAAGAACAAGCUUUCCUCUACGACUCCACAAUCACUGCACCCUUGUCGAACCCACCACUAUGGCCAUACACUAUGUAUUUCCGCAUGCCACACCGUUGCCACGGCAAUCUGCAGAGCUGCCCAACACGUUCGCAUGCCGUGUGGGAAAUGGUCAUGAACGAAUUAGAUCGUCGUGAGGAUCCGGCCAAUGAUGAAUAUUUACCUGGUUGCGCUAUGGUUGAUUCGUGCUCGAACAUUUUGACCGGUGAUCAAUUCUACAACUUCCUCAAUCACAAUUUCGAUCGGCAUUACGAUCAAAAUCGUGCACCAUUGGGUCUCUACUUCCAUGCGGCAUGGCUGAAGAACAAUCCCGAAUUCUUGGACGCCUUCCUCUACUGGAUCGAUGAGAUCUUGGCCAACCACAAUGAUGUCUACUUCGUCACAAUGACACAAGUCAUCCAGUGGAUGCAGAAUCCACGAACCAUCAGCGAGGCCAAGAACUUCGAACCAUGGCGGGAGAAGUGUGUGGUCGAAGGCAAACCAGCCUGCUGGGUGCCCAACACCUGCAAAUUGACCUCCAAGGAAAUUCCCGGCGAGACCAUCAACUUGCAGACCUGCGUGCGCUGCCCGAACAACUACCCAUGGGUGAAUGACCCAACCGGUGAUGGUUUCUUCUAAGUCAAACGCGCUCACCUGCAAUUGCACAACCAGAACUUUAUUUUUGUUUUAACUCAUUUUAAGUCGUCUGACUUUUCGUAAGGUUUGUGCCCUAGCUCACUGCUUAUGUUUUUAAGAUUAUUCUUCUUAUUCUACACUUCUCUUCUUCUUCUUCAUACUUUUGCCUAUCGAAUUUGCUGUGUUAUAAUUUUCUUUACCCUACUCUUACCUUAUCUAUAAAUUUCCUCCUUAUCAUUUGUAAAUAUUUUUACUGUUAAUGGCCGCACGCAGAUAACUAAGCUAAACAUUAAAAAAUAAAAUCAAGAUUAUAUUAAGUUAAAAAAAAAUGCCACUUUCUAUUUUGUAUUUUUGUUUUCGAUUUCGUUUUAAGUUUUCUUUCUUUGUUUUCACUGCCUUUUUAACUAUAUGUUUGCUCUAAUUAUGCAAGACUUUUAUUAUUUGACUGACCUUCGAGCUGUCAAGUGAUUAUUGGCAACCAUUUACACAUCUAUACGGGCCGCACAUAAGUAUUUGGCGCUCAAGGUCGUUGCUGUGUUAAUUUUAAAGUUACGUAAAAGCCGAACAAAAUAUGUACACACAAAGAAAUACACGAAGAGAUACAAGAAGAAGCCGGAACCAAUCGAUUCCACACAUGAUAUCAAAUAAUUUCGACAAAUACUCACACUCACACAGACACGCAUACCCACAAAGUGUUAGGGAGAAAUGAAUUGAGACGCAAAAGCGAUAUUGCGAAAGUGUUUAAUUUGUAGUAUGUUUUAUUGUACGUAUAUUUAAAUAUUUUUUAUUACAUAAUUUUUAAUGUAUGUGAAACUUUCUUUCUAUUAUCCAUUAAUUUAAUAUGUUAAUCGAUCGAUUGCUAUAAAGAUCUGUGGAAAAAAAUAA